GGCUGAUCGGUGUAUAUUUAAUAAUUAGAAGGGGUGUCCCGAUACUUUUGUCCAUAUAGUGUAUCUAGAAACUACCAAGGGAACAUCAGUGAAGCUAAAGGAGCCAAAAAAACAGCCAACAAUAAGGAAUUUAUUAUUCACGGCACACCUUAAAUAAAAGUGUUUUCUGCUUUAGACUCAACACGACUGUCGACUGAGCGCCAUCAGACGCGUCCGGUCCUUCAGCCGCCACCACUAACAAACCUGAGGAGAAAUGAAUGGAGCUAGAGGUCUGAAGAUCUGAAUAAAAAACUGAGGAAGUAGACUAGUACACGCCCGAUCGUCCUAAUAGGGAGGAACGAUGGUGGAAAUGUCGAACAGCGCUGUGGUGUUUCACACUAAGAGGCAAAGGAUGGACAGCAGGGCACACGUGGGGGAUUUCGCCGUGUCUUUGGAGGAACUGACGGACCUCAUGGAGCUCAGAGGGGCGGAGGCGCUUCAGAAGAUUCAGGAGAGCUUCGGUGACACCGAGGGGCUGUGUCACAGACUCAAGACGUCGCCGACCGAUGGUUUGUGGGACAUCCCCGCUGACCUGGAGAGAAGGCGACAGAUUUUUGGACAGAACUUCAUCCCCCCAAAGAAGCCGAAGACUUUUCUACAGUUAGUGUGGGAGGCGCUGCAGGACGUGACCCUCAUCAUCCUGGAGAUCGCUGCCAUCAUCUCACUGGGCCUGACGUUCUACAGGUCACCUGAUGGGAACAGUGAAGGCUGCAGCAGCGUCUCGGCGGCGGUGGAGGACGAGGGCGAGGCGGAGGCCGGGUGGAUCGAGGGCGCGGCGAUCCUCCUCUCGGUCCUGUGCGUGGUGCUGGUGACGGCGUUUAACGACUGGAGUAAAGAGAAGCAGUUCCGCGGCCUCCAGAGCCGCAUCGAGCAGGAGCAGAGGUUCAGUGUUGUGAGGAACGGGGUCGUCGUCCAAAUCCCCGUGGCAGAGAUGGUGGUUGGGGACGUGGCCCAGGUCAAAUACGGCGACCUUCUCCCGGCUGACGGAGUUCUGAUUCAGGGAAACGACCUGAAGAUCGACGAGAGCUCCCUCACCGGAGAAUCCGAUCACGUCCGCAAAUCCGUGGACAGAGAUCCGAUGUUGCUGUCAGGCACGCAUGUAAUGGAAGGCUCGGGAAAAAUGGUGGUGACCGCGGUCGGCAUCAACUCUCAAACCGGGAUCAUCUUCACCCUGCUGGGAGCCGGAGAGAUAGAGGAGGAGAAAAAGGAAAACGUGACGGCAGAGAUCAGCAGCGGCUCGGCGGUCCAGUUCUCAGAUGUUUCUACCAAAACCUGCAGCGCUGUUAACGGGAAACAAGAAAGCGUCCUGGAGAGCAACCAGAGCAAAGUGAGGCAGGAGGACGACGCCCUGGUGAUGGAGCUCCAGCCUCUGAGGGGUUCAGAUGGUGAGGAGGUGGAGGAGAAAGAGGCCAAGAAACCCAGUGCCCCCAAAAAGGAAAAAUCCGUCCUUCAGGGGAAACUCACCAAACUGGCCGUGCAGAUCGGAAAAGCUGGUUUGGUGAUGUCGGCGAUCACCGUGAUCAUUCUGAUGCUUUACUUCGUGAUCAAGACGUUUAUAAUUCAGAAGCGGCCCUGGCUCACCGAGUGCACGCCCAUAUACGUCCAGUACUUUGUGAAGUUCUUCAUUAUUGGGGUGACGGUGCUGGUCGUGGCCGUGCCCGAGGGUCUGCCGCUCGCCGUCACCAUCUCUCUGGCUUAUUCAGUCAAGAAAAUGAUGAAGGACAAUAAUCUGGUGCGGCACCUGGACGCGUGCGAGACGAUGGGCAACGCCACAGCGAUCUGCUCAGAUAAAACCGGCACGCUGACCACCAACCGCAUGACGGCGGUGCAGAUUUAUGUCGGAGAUCAACACUUCAACGAAAUCCCAACACCGCAACGCAUCAACCCACAGACGCUGGAGCUGCUCACCAACGGCAUCGCCGUCAACAGCGCCUACACCUCCAAGAUAACGGCAGCGGAGAAGGAGGGAGCUCUACCCAAGCAGGUGGGGAAUAAGACCGAGUGCGCCCUGCUGGGACUGGUUCUGGACCUGAGGUGUGAUUACGAGAGCAUACGAGAGCAGAUACCCGAGGAGAAGCUCUAUAAGGUUUACACCUUCAACUCCGUCCGCAAGUCCAUGAGCACCGUCGUCCAGCUACCGGACGGGAGCUUCCGCAUCUACAGCAAAGGAGCCGCGGAGAUCCUGCUCAAAAAAUGUUCGUCCCUUUUAUCCCGUGAUGGUUCGGCUCACCCGUUCCGAGCUCGUGAUUGUGAUGAGCUGGUGAGGAAGGUGAUUGAACCCAUGGCGAGCGACGGCCUCCGUACGAUCUGCGUGGCGUAUCGGAACCUCCCCAGUGAUCCUCAGCCGGACUGGGACGACGAAGCUGAAACCAUUAACGACCUCACCUGCAUCGCCGUGGUGGGGAUCGAGGAUCCGGUCCGACCAGAGGUUCCAGAUGCUAUCAGGAAGUGCCAGAGGGCGGGAAUUACGGUGCGAAUGGUGACGGGCGACAACAUCAACACGGCACGCGCCAUCGCUGCCAAGUGUGGCAUCAUUAACACCGGGGACGACUUCCUGUGUAUGGAGGGGAAAGACUUCAACCGGCGAAUCAGGAACGAGAAGGGAGAGGUGGAGCAGGAGCGCAUUGAUAAGAUUUGGCCCAAACUCAGAGUGCUGGCACGCUCAUCUCCAACAGACAAACACACUCUGGUGAAAGGUAUCAUAGACAGCACUAUAGGAGAACAGAGGCAGGUGGUGGCAGUAACGGGCGACGGUACGAACGAUGGACCUGCGCUGAAGAAAGCGGAUGUGGGCUUCGCCAUGGGAAUCGCAGGGACGGACGUGGCAAAGGAGGCGUCUGACAUCAUCCUGACGGACGAUAACUUCAGCAGCAUCGUGAAGGCGGUGAUGUGGGGACGCAACGUUUACGACAGCAUCUCCAAAUUCCUGCAGUUCCAACUCACGGUCAACGUGGUGGCUGUUAUAGUGGCUUUUACCGGGGCGUGUAUUACACAGGAUUCUCCUCUGAAGGCGGUGCAGAUGCUGUGGGUCAAUCUGAUCAUGGAUACCUUCGCGUCGUUGGCUCUCGCCACCGAACCCCCCACAGAGUCCCUGCUGCUCCGGAAACCGUACGGACGGAACAAGCCCCUGAUCUCCAGGACCAUGAUGAAGAACAUCCUGGGACACGGGGUGUAUCAGCUCGUCAUCAUCUUCACGCUUCUGUUCGUCGGCGAGAAGAUAUUCGACAUCGAUAACGGACGUUACUCUCCCCUCCACGCUCACCCGUCUGAACAUUACACCAUCAUCUUCAACACCUUCGUCCUCAUGCAGCUCUUCAACGAGAUCAACGCCCGGAAAAUCCACGGCGAGAGGAACGUCUUCGACGGCAUCUUGGCCAAUCCCAUCUUCUGCUCCAUCGUGAUCGGGACCUUCGCCAUACAGAUCCUGAUCGUGCAGUUCGGAGGGAAGCCGUUUAGCUGCGCGCCACUGAAUCUGGCGCAGUGGCUCUGGUGCCUGUUUAUAGGGGUUGGAGAGCUGAUCUGGGGUCAGGUGGUCGCCUCCGUGCCGACCAAUCAGCUGAAGUUCCUAAAAGGGGCGGAGCUCGGCCUGGAGGCCGAUGACAUCACCGACGAUGAUCUGGCGGAGGACGAGGACGAGAUCGAUCACGCCGAGCGGGAGCUCAAACGAGGGCAGAUACUUUGGUUCAGGGGGCUGAACCGCAUUCAGACUCAGAUGGAGGUAGUGAGCACGUUCAAGCGCAGCGGCUCGUUCCAAGGCCCCGUUCGUCGCCGCUCCUCCGUCCUCAGCCAGCUCCACGAUGCGACCAACACGCACUUUCACGCGGGUCUGUCGGCGGGAAACGAGCUCCAGGUCCCCGCUAACGGCCAGGACACGCACACACACUUUUACAUACACACGUAAAUACUGACCGUCCCGCUCACUGACCAUCACAAACGACCAAAAUUUAGCUUUUAUUUUUAAGCUGUAAGCCAAUAAUACACAGAUUAAUUAAUUUAACAUGUUCUUUCUUCUUUUGUGGUAGUUACAUUCAACUUAAUUGACUUCUUACUACUAAAUUCAUUUCUGAAGACCCACAGCUCUGGUCCUGACCUGCAGUCUGGCACCGUUUGAUUAUUUCCAGGGUUUUCAGGGUUAGUAGGUGUGAUAGAGCAAGAAAACUGUAAAACUCAGCUGGAUUUUGGUCCCGAUUCUGCAUCCCUGACUUUAAGUGGUUGUAGAAAACCAAAUUUUGGGUUUAUUUUCUCUUUUUCUAGAUCUCAUGAGUUCAUGAAUCUGUUCGUUCUGUGUCUGUUAAUGUCCUGCAAUUUUAUUUCAGCUGCACUGAGAGUGAAUAUUGCUUAAAUGGAUAUUUAUAACGUGACUAUGAAUAAACUCAGCGUUAAUCAGCGUAGAUCUGUGUUCCCUAUACACCCUAUAUCCUGAUCCCCUAUAUGUUCCAUCUGAUCAGUGUUCCCCAGUCGUACCACCAUCCACUGUUACUGCAGCGCUGAUCUGUUGCUGUUUCAGGCAGAUAGAUAUAGUAUGUAGACAUUGGGGUCUGUCUGAAAACCAAGUGAUCUCUUUACACAGACACAUUUCCCAUCAUGCUACACUCCUGAGAAGAGGGCAUGUCUAAAUUCCUAGAUCCCUUAAAAUGCUCCUACUGAGGCGCCUUAAUUCUGAGUGAUGAUCUGACUGAAUAACAAGGGAGCGUCCGAAGAUCAAUCCCAGCAUUCAGUGCGGCACGACUUUUCUCACAAAAAACUACAAACAUGGCGGACGAAUCAAUGCGGAGCAACCAACGGAGUUCUUUUCAAAUGUAAAUAAAUUCUCAUUGAUGUUUAAUCUGUAUAAAGGUGUAAUUAUACAAGUGUCGAUUAUUUGUAAACUGGGGCGUCAGGGGCAGUUUAAGCGUUUUCGGUACACAGAGGGAGACGGUUUGAAGGUCCUGAGGCUAACUGCGUUAGCUUAGUAAGCUAAAACUGUGUUGACGUAAUCAGCGUAAUCUCUGUAUAAGUAGAGUGUCUAAAUAAUCUGAUUACAAGCUCUAGGUUGCAUUAAAAUCCUCUCUACUGAGGCAGCUGAUCAGGUAGGCAGCAGGAAGCAAGGCAGGUCACUAGGUUUCAGACAGACCCCAUAGUAUGCUGGCAUCAUGCACCAGCAGAAAACCGGACUGGACCGAGUUUGGUAUCAUGGUUUUAAAGAAAAAGGCAGAUUUUCCAACAAAGGAGCCGGCAAAUAUGCAGGUGACUGUCAGUUAGAAGAAACCGACACGUGAAUCAUCUGUGCCUCCGUGCCCCCUCUGUCGGCCAGAUAUGGAGAGGCAGAAGGACACGAUUCUGUAAUCGAGUCCCUCAGCCGAUCUCAACUGUAGGUGGGCUCGUUAUAAUCAGUAGAUGCUGUUAUUCAGGUCGUUAUAUUACAAAUAUUUAUAAACAAGAAAACUUCUGUAGUACAAUGUAAUAACAUAUGAAAUAAUUUAUGAUAAUAUAAUAUGAUAAUAUUUUUGGCCAUUAUAGAACUUUCCACACCAUUAAAUGAACAUUAUUAGCUGCUGUUUGUAUGUUUUUUGUGUUUAAUGAUUUACUUACAGAAAGAAACAACAACAGAAAUCAUUAAAAUACCACGACUUACGUGUUCCUGACUAGUUUAUGUAUUUUUUACUUUUAAUUUGCUAGCAUCGGUGUGUUUGUGCACGUAUUAGGAAUAUUAAGAUGCUUCAUGUAACGGGUUGAUUGGUGAACUGACUGUGGCACUUAAAUAACUUUAAUCUGAGUGAUUAUGCUGUAAUGUUGUUGUUAAUAGAAACGUGUUCGCUGGCUGGUUUUUAUAGAUAGUUUGUGUUUAUAUUUUUUGUGCUGCUUGGAACGUUCCGUAUCACGAUUAUCUGUGUUCAUGAUGAUUUAAGAUCAAAUACAUUUCAUAGG